UUUAGAUUGUCGAAGCUGCGGAAGAAGGGCCGCGAGCUCGGCCGUGCUCCGAUGGCCUGAUACGUACUGCGAGACGCAUUCAUGAAGCUCCACUGCCCUGACUCGUCGAUUCCUGUCGUGAAUCAUAUUGAACUAUGGCCAACGGUUCGUCUAAUACAGUAGUGCUAGAAGUAUCGGUAGUAACGUGGAUCUCCCGGUAUUUCGACAUGCAUAUCGACGGACGUUUCGGAAUUGCUCGUACAUGGUAGUAGGAUACGAUGACGAUGAUGCAUUCAUGGCAGUGCCGACGCAGUGAUAGUGUGAGGUGAUAGUGCUCAUGCGACGCGUUGCACUUUUCGGAUGUCCUACCGCACUGCUAACGCAGUAUUAACAUAUUAAGUGGGCGUGCGGGGGUGACUGGAGUGAUGGGAUGGGGCCAGAGCCCCAUGGAGUUCGGGUAGACCCGUCUCCGGCCCAGCUCCCCAGCCCCCUCCGCCAUCGAUAUCGACACCGCUCCUGCCAGCGACGCAGAGGGCCGCCUCGAUCGCGAUGGAGGCCUCUAGCAAUCAACAACAAAAAGAGAAGGAGCCACGCGUUCACAGGCCUUACGCCUUCGACAAGAUGGAGGGGCUGGUGCGGGAGAUGCAAGACCCUGAGAGCGGGGUACCCGUGCGCAGCCAAAAACAAUUUCUCACCUCGAUCCCCUCAGCGUUCAUGGGUGAGUGCCAACGGUACCUGCGUUGUGGAGUAAGCGUAAGCGGCCAUCACGGCCAGGACACUACAGUAGGCUGCCUGCGUGUUGCAGGUUACGACCUCAUCGAGUGGCUGAUGGAGCGGCUUGCCAUCGAAGAAUCAGUAGAGGCGGUCCAUAUUGCUAAUCAACUAUGCCAGUACGGCUACUUCUUCCCGGUGAAUGACUCCAAGACACUUACUGUUAAGGACGAUAGCUCUCUGUAUAGGUUUCAGACACCCUAUUAUUGGCCGUGGCAACAUAGAACCCCCGACAACGUGGAGUACGCGAUCUAUUUGGCGAAACGAACUCUGAGGAACAAACAACGUCACGCUCUCGAGGAUUAUGAGAUCGAAGCUUUGAACAGCCUGCGCAAGAACUUGCAGAACAAGUGGGACAUAAUACAACUACAAGCGGAAGAACAGGCCCAGGUACGCCUAUCUAAGGAACGCAAGAAAGGGGACAAGAUAGUGAGCGAUUCGCAGGAGCGAGCAUUUUGGAGAGUCUAUCGGCCGCCACCCGGUUGUCUCAGUAGCCUGGAAGUCGUGCCCAUACCCUCUCGUUUUCGUCCUGGACUUCCACGACCUCCGUCACGCAAACGCACUCUCACCGAUCUGCAACGUGAGGUGGACCUACUACGAAACAGUUUGACGCGCACGAGGAUAAAGGUUUCAACUGCGAUAGAAAAUUUUAAAUCGUACUUCGAGACGUACGUGGAAUACGACCCGAUGUUCGUACAGCCGCAACCUUCCAAUCCAUGGAUCACCGACGAUCAUACGUUUUGGCAACUGAAUAGCCCCUUAGUGGAAGUUCCUACAGAGAAACGUGUUAAACGAUGGGCGCUGUCGAUGGAAGAACUUAUGUCUGAUCCUACAGGUUUACAAGAAUUCACAAAUUAUUUAAGAAAGGAGUACAGCCACGAGAAUAUAAGAUUUUGGCUGGCGGUCAAAGAUCUCAGGCAUAGUUUUCAAGCACAAAUACCUGACAAAGUCAACGAAAUUUUUAGAGAAUUCCUGGCACCUGGAGCUCCCUGUGAAAUCAACAUAGACGGGAAAACGAUGGAGAAGGUUCAUCAGGAGAUGAAAAAUCCGAGCAGAUUUACAUUUGAUUCCGCCGCGGAACAUGUAUAUACGUUACUAUUGAAGAAGGACUGCUACCCUAGAUUUAUUCGUUCCGAUCAAUAUCGUAAUCUUUUAGCUGCCGGCGUGCAACCUUUGCAGAAAAAGAGAUUUUUCGGCUUCGGCGGCCAAGCCAAGAAGAAAGUUUCCUCCACUUCGACACCAACGUCUAGCACUUUGCAGCACGCUAAUAUAGGUGGCGGCAGACGACGGGGAAGCGACCGGAGUCUGUCCGGAAGCGCUCACGAGCUCGCGGUGUGCGGCGUUCGCGACGUCAGCUCCACGCCGCGGGUCCCUCACUCUCACAGCCAGUCGAAUCUCACCGACAUCCCAUACAGGGGAGAUCUACCACGACUCGUAAAGAUACCUUCGAGGCCUAGUCCACGUAGUAUUCAGGAUGCUGGCGCGACGGAAGCGGCAGUUCGCCCUACGGACGACGUGUGCCCGUGGGAGGCCGUGCCGGGCCCGAGCACGGAGCACGGAGGAACGGGGGACGGCGCGUCCUCUGGAAGGACAGCGUCAGCUGAUCAGGCCCGACACGUGUGGGACAGCGGCGGUCACGCGACGAUCGCGCAUUCCGUCGAGGGCGCGCGCGCCUCCCGGAAGAAUUCGGGGCAGAUGGACUCGUGCAGCUCGUCGUCGGACGUCAGCCUUGCUAUCGCGGACGUCUCCGAGCGGUUACGGAAGUCGUGUAGUUUGCAGCAUAGCGGUAGCAUAGGUACAUCAACUUCAGGUCCCGGCCCGAUAACGCGAAAUUAUUCUACCUGCUCGGCGAGCGGCCGCAUCAGGCUGGCCGAGAUAGGUCGCGCGUCCGUGUCGUCCUGCAACUAUCCGUCGCCCCAGCAAUCAUUCGAGUACUCCCACGCGGUGGUCGAAAAGGUGGAAGAGAGAUUGUCCCUGGAGAAGAUCGUGCCCGAGGAGGAAGUCGUCGUCGAGGAAAUCGCCGUCGUCGUCAGGGAGAGCCAGCCGAGUCCUAAGACGAGCGCGAAGGCGCCCCUGAUCAGCAUCAGCGCGAUCGUCGGCGAUCUACCGAGCGACAAUUCAACGAUGGAGAACGUCGAUGAGGACGCGAGCGAGAGCUGCACGGCGAAAGACGCGGGGGAGAUAGCGACUGAGGAAAAGACGAGAGGCGAGGACUCGCGGGCCGACACCGGGGCGGACGUGUCGCCGGUGGCUGAGGAACCGGCGACGACCGAGGAGCUGCCCGAUCAGGCGCAGGUCGUGCCUGUCUGGGAACCGGACGCCCAAGGACAGGAGGACCGACCGGCGGCGGCGCAGGCAGUGCCUCGGGAGAAGCGUGACAAUAAUGUUAACGAAGUAUGCCCGUGGGAGGACGAGGAAAACUGUAGAGUGGAUGCACCCUAUGUAAAAACCUAUGCGACUUUAGGUUACUUGUAAUUUGUCGUUGAUAUUAAAUCUUGCAUUUUACAUUUACAACAUUCACAAAUUCGAUUUCCACUUUAAUCCACUUUACUGAGCUCGCGUGUCCAGACCAUUUGCGCGACGAAGCUUCGAGAUCGCAGCGUUAAUUAAGCGAAGACACAAGCAUCUUUUGACGAUAACGUUUACUCACGCGGAGGCACAUCGAAGGUUUUAAUAAGACGAGCGCGCUCGCGAGUGCUCGCGCGAGUGCCGGUGAUGCAGUAUCGUAUUAUGCAAAUACUACGGACGGAUUUUUAACGGUGUUGCGUGCAAUGGCAGGAUUACGAGCAGUUCGUUCGAUAGAAUUGAUAACCCGAAAACAAGUACGUGGUGUCGCGGAACGAAAAACGAGCAUCGACGUCUAGUCUUUAACUUUGCAUCGAGUCACUAUAUUAUUAUAAACGUAUGGCCUAACGAUCCGAUUCGUUUGCUCGGGAUCAUCGGGAUGAUCCGCGAUGGAUUCCUUCAGAUUUCGACUCGCGGUCAAGGACUUUUGGAGCUCCCUCGUCCUUUCCGGUUACUAUAGAGUUAUUUGAUCUGUGCCGUCUGUACCAUUCUCGGUAUGCGCGAGCCACACACAAAAAAAAAGGAGAUACGCAAAGAUUAUUUGUGAUAGAAGGCGAUCGGGCGUUAUUGUUUAAAAAAUUAGAAUGCAGUUUCCAAUGUUGUUCGUAGUUUAACGUAGAUUAACGUAGACUUAGAAACCUAGAAGAUGUGUCGCGUGACAAAUAGCGAUAGAUCGUGUCUCUCUCUCUCUCCCCCAUCUCUGUGUUGAGUAAACGGCGACGUGUUUCACCGAGCAAAGUAGCGAAUUUACAAAUUCGAGGGCGCGGAUUGGGAGUCUCGUUACCGUUCGGUUUCGUAUCGCGUGCAAACGCGCGCUCGUAGGGUGCCAGCCAAAUCUGAGCCCUUUGGCCGCUCUCCAUGGUCGCGCUUUUCCCGGAUACUCGAUUUUUCGCGAGCCCACGCACACCCGCGAAACUUUACGUUUCGAUAAUUCGACGACGACGGUAUAUAUUAUGAGUUGCAGAACGCGAUUUGAUUCCUGGGGAAUCGCAACUGGUUUCUCCGUAAUUAACCGGACUUCGCGAUUGAUGGUGUCAUUGGAGAUAUCGCGAUCGCAAAUACCUUGUUUACCACCCGGACACACUUGUGCAUCCCAAUGCGCGGCGCGUUACGUUAUUUAAGUACACGUCUCCGUUUUAGAUUUAUCGCCUAGAGUUUAGCGUGUCUUACGCAGUGUCUUACGAGAGCGUUCGAUAUUAAUUAUUGACAAAUUAUCGUGACCUGAUAUAACUUAAGUGUCUAUUUCGUGUUAUAGUUCGCCAUAUGUCGUAAUCGCGUCGUAGUGAUUGACCGAUUGGCGAUUACGGCGAUUCUACGGUGUCUCGCUCGUUGAGCCUCGCUCGUUGAGCCUCGCUCGAGCGAGUCGCGAAUUAGUGACGAGAGAAAAAAGAAAGAGUAAAAAAAAAAAAAUAUAUAUAAGUAUAUUUGCGCGAGUCUAAGUAAAAAAAAUAUCGAUGCCCGUUGCUGUCGGAUCUCUGAUUCUGUAACUGCCCCAGGAUCUCCGGUCCGACGCUGAAAAUCCGAAGGAAAGGCUACUAAAAAUUUAAAUGCAUUGUGCUCUUACAUAUGUAUAUCUAAUCGAUGUCCUUUCGUGUAUAGUUUUAAGAUUAAAAUGAUACGCAAUUAUUGCAUUAAUUACCGACGGCGGAAGCUUGUCUCGCGUUCAAUCAAACCUUACGACGAUUUUUGACGGCCAAAUCCUCGUUUUUUUUCUCAACGAGAGGAAAGGAUAGCUUAACUGACGGAAACGAAGAACGAUUGCCUAAUUAUGCCGCACUUUACACGAAAUGAUGGUAAACGAACGAACGUGGGGAGGGAAAAAAAAAGAAGGAGCAAUGUGGUGACACUUAACGCAUGCCAGUUUUUCUAACGAUUUGAAUAUCGAAUUUUUGUAGGUGACGGAUUCACCUUGAAAGUCCUUCGAUUUAAGGAUCUAGCUGCGUUUAUUUUCUACGUGCAAUAUCGAGUACAAAACAAGAACAAAAAAAAAAGCGAGAUUAUACUCCAAUUGACGAUCAUUUGAGUGCAACGAGCCGAGUACGAGACGGUCUGGACACGCGAGUAUAAUCAUAAGAACUCUAAAAGUAUUCACGACGAUCGUACUGUUAAUUCAGCAGCUCAACUUAAGUAUCGUAAAGUUCUUACAAUAGGUUAGUCGAUAAUAAGGCUAGAGUUAACACAUGUCCCGUAAUAGAGAAAUAAGGAAGAAAUUAAUAUGGUAUACGCACAAAAUGAAUUAGUAUCGCAUCAACGAUUGUAUUCUCAUGUAUAAGCAAGAGUAUUAGAAAAUCUCCUUGAAAGAAUUUGAGCAAAAACACAACUUGCUCUCUAAAUCAGAAUCAGUGUAUUGUUCACUGAAAAACAGUAAAUUCAGUGUUAUACUUAUGACUGUAUCAAUCAGUGAUACACAGGGUGUUCGUUAAUGGUCGUAUACACCUUUUACCAUAAGAGGUGACUUACAAACUUCACUCCAUAUAAAUUACAUGGAGUCGGUAAGUCACGGUUAAGGAGCGCUCUUAUGGUAAAAGGUGUAUACAGCCAUUAAUAAACACCCUGUAUACACUGUCUUUUAGUGACAAUAUACCAAUUUGAUCGGUGAGAGACCUCUUCUUAAUCGGAAUCAUUGAAAAAUAAUGAAUAGUCGCUGCUGAUCACAGUCAUAGCACUGCAAAUCAAUAAGAUUCCACUGAUUCGGGUUUAGAGAGUGAGUGCUCACACGAAGAAACAAAAUUCUUCGCGCAAGCAAGUUGCAUCUGUUUAAGAUUAUCAAAUUUUUUCAAAAUCCUAUCUUGCUUAUGUACGAGAGUACAAUUAAUGAUUUGAUAAUAAUUACUUUUCUGCGUACCUACCACCGUAAUUUCGUUCGCGUCACAGCGGUAACGAAUUACUUUUUCGAUUCGCCCGCGUAAACUUUAUUGUACGAGCCGAGACAAAAAAAAGUGCGCAGUAAAUCUUUGGGAAGACACGGAAGACGAGAGAACUCGGAUGCUGGAGAAAACGCGAAUUCUAAGCAGCGGAGGAGCCAUGAAGCAAAUCAAAAAAAUAAAAAAUAAAAAAGAAUAAAACGUUACUCGCCUGUAAAAGGACGCUAUUCUCUGUGUAAAUAAUUUCCGAUAUCAUCGCGUAUAUAUAUACAUUCGCUCUCUCUCUCUCUUUCGAGAGAAUCUUGAAAAAAUAUAUAUUAUAUUCAUCGCGUAUAAGCCAAAGACCUCUUCUCUCUCUCUCUCUCUCACCGCGUCGCACGACGCCAGGGGGUGCGUGCGUUCGUGCGUGCGUGCGUGCUUCGCAAAAGCCAUCCUUCGCGCUCUGUUGCCGGGAAUCGUUUGAAAAAACUUUCUCGACGCUUCGCAGAAUGAGAAUCAAACGGAACGAGAUAAUUUUUACCGCGAGUUCUAUCGAAUCGCGACGAACGACGGUCGCCGUAGAUAUUUGAAAUAAAAUCUCUGCGCGAAUAACUUCUGAGCUUUACAGAGCUGUAAUACCUCAAUAUACACCCGGGACACGACAGGUCAAAUAUCAAUCGUGACAAAAAAAGUGAAACGUACGUUCUCCUAAAUGUAAGUUAGUCGCGAUUAUAGUUAAUUACAUUACACACACGGGCACACCGAAGAAAAGAGUUUAGCAAUAAUGAUCCAGCUUUGGUGAAAUAAUUUCAAUUAAAUGUUUGAUUAAUAUAAUCAAAUAUUUAGCAAUGUUUAGUAAUUAUGUUAAUAGUAACCAAAUAUAAUAAUAGUAAUCGGUUAUUAAACGGUUACUAAAUAUUACUAAAUAUUUGAUCAAAUUAACUGAAUGUAUAUUUAAUUGGAACAAUUUCAGCGAAUUUCAGCUUAGCAACCACACAUCAUUCACAUUUGAUUGCUAUCAUUAGGCUCUUUUUUCGGUGGAUUAUUUGAUUUGACAUCGUGAUCGAAUCACGACGUGAUCUCGACUUUGACUCAUCGCAAAAAGCGAGCUACGAUCGUUCGGCAGCAGAGCCGAUGGACCAAACCUCGAUGCGCAUCCGUCGUAUCUCCCGCAUUUUGUAUAAACCGCGACGUUUGGCGUACAUCGAUUACAUUUUUAGCAUUACCAUUUGUCAGAAUUGCAAGUUCAGCUCGGAAAGUUUCGUCGUUAAAUAAUGUUUAAUAUUAAAAAGGAAAAAAAGGCGGAAAGAGUUCCGAAGCACGUAAAUGAUAUAUCUCUUUGCUAUUCCGAUAUUGCGAUUAACUCCUCAGCAAAGGGAGAGCAAUAUCUCGAGCACGGUCAAUCCGGAAGGAGUGACACUAUGUACGAUAUGACGGAGCGGAAAUGUGAUUAGUUUCGCAUUAAUUAGCGUACGUAGGCGAAAAAGCAAACGAUAGAUACGAAUAAAAAAAAAAAAAAGUCCAAGAGUAUCUUUCUAAAAUAGUAUGUACUGCUAAAGAUAUUAAAUAUUAUUGCGCAAUGAGAUAUUAACUUGCAUAAAUUAUUCGUGUUUUGCAAGUUGCACUUUUGAAGAAGUCUGCAUCCGGUGCCACCGUAACAUAUUGUAACAUUAUUUUAUACAGCGUUUCUAAGCGUUUUUCGUUUUAUAGUAUGUUUUCGCAGGUUUGAGCAGAACUGUAAAUAUUGUUGAAAUAGUAUUUAUGUACGUUUGUCGCAUGUGCAUUUAUAAAUUGCAAUUAUAUUUUUAUCUAGAUAUAAAAUGAGCAAUGUGCGGCACUCUUGUGGUAAACGCAACCAUGCCCGUCGCGUUUAUUACCGGAAGUGCGAGAAAAAAAAAUUAUUUCGAUUCGCAACCUCGACAAAUAUGAUAAUUAUUAUAUCGCCGUAAGAAGAGAGAAGGAAUAAAACAAUGUAUACUACGGAUUACACCCGAAUGGUUCGCGAUUUUCCUUGCAUUGAAAUUUAAAAUGCGAGAUAUUUUUAUUAUUAGAGAAUCUAGACGGGUCCGUCGGAUCUAUCAAAAAUUGACGGGACUUAGGCAAGCAAAUGUGCACCAAUUAAAAAGAAAAAAUUCAGUGCGCACUGUCGCUUCCACGCUGAAUUAAGACCUAGUUGUUCGAAUUCGCCGUUGAAUCUGCGAUCCGGUCGAGCGAUACGAUUCUGCGAUUGUUCGAAUUGCGAAGUUGCGCGUACAUACACAAUGAAGCGAUCGUUCAAAGUGCGUAUUAUCGUACGCAGCCUAAGGACGCCAUCGGUAAGCGAGUGAAAAUUGCGCGUGUCGAUCCGAGAUUCAGACUCUUUAAAGUUCGAGAUUUAUGCACGGAGAAAACCCCAGCAUCAAAUUACUAAAUCAAUCAAACUAUUAAUCAAACAUUAGUAUCAAAUUAAAUACUAAUAUAUUCCAUUUAACAAUUAUUCUGUUUCAUAUUAAGAUUUCAUAUAAGAGCAAUUAUAUUCUUGCUUAUUGUACAAAAUAAUGAUAGACUUGCUUAGAUAUCAUUAAAUGUAAAUAAUGUAAUUAAAAUAAAUACACUGAGAGAGAGACUAUCUUGACGCAAAGAAAUCAGCUUAUUUGUAUGAUGAUAAUAGCUUAUUUGCUUCUAGCAAAUUAAACAUUUCUUAAUUAAAAUAUUUACGCAAAUGAAAUAGAGAAAUAAUUUUUAAUCAAGUAUUUUUUCUUGCAGUUCUAGAAAAUAUUUACAGUUCGAUUAUUUUUAUGUUCAUAAUCCGAUUUUUUUAAUCUCUAAGAAAACAAUUUAAUUAUUUGUAAAAUUAUUAUUUAAGUGUAAAAAAAAUGUAAUAACACAAAUUAUAUAUUUUAAGUAAUAUGUCUAUUUACUUCAAACUACAUAUUUUUUUACUCAACAGAAGAAAUGCUUGCAAAAUAUAUAGUUUAAAGAAACUAUAUUUUUUCAUUAAAAAGAUUGUUUUCUCUCAGUGUAAUUUAAAAAUUAUUUACUUCUUUAAAGAACUUGAUGAUCUUAAAUUCAGCAAAAUAUUAUAUUUUUAUUUCAACAUUGUAAUCGCCCUCUAAACAAUAUAAUUGUUUCGAUAAUAAUAGCAUUAAAAAAUUUUUAUUCUUGGUUUAAAGACAUUAUUAUUUUUUAUUCGGGUUUUUUUUUUCUUAACUCGUGAAAAUUAUUCUCGAACAACGAGACUAUAUAUUUUUCUAUUAAUCUCUAUGUUAUAAAAAAUUUCUUCACUCAAGUAAAUGUCCGUUUAACGUUACAUAAUCUCAUUUCAACGUUUAACAAAAAUCGAAAAUAAAGACAUUUUAAAAAGCGCAAGGAUGUUCUUCUUCUGUGUGGAAUCGAAUUCUCAAUCGAUCUCGAAAUAUUCCGAGGAAAGUUCAUGGAUCUCGGAUCUGCGGGCGAUGAUCGGAAAUCGGUCUCGAGAAUCCGUCAUCAGGACCUGAGAGAGAUGCAUCGACACACCGAUCGACGAGGGACGGAGAGAGAAAGAAAAAAAAAAGAGCGAGAGACACAGAGAUCCAAGGAUCACCGGAAGUUUAAUUUUAUUCCGGGAGCACUUCGGAUCUCCCAAUCCAAUUGUUCGCGUCUCGACCGGACGGUGUGUCGUCGAGCGUAGAAGACGCGCGAGAUUUCGUCAUUUUCACUGUCCUCUCUCUCUCUCCGAAAAUUGCAUUCCGCACGAAAACAACGUAUACGUGGCGCAAUAUUCACACACGAAGCCUAAGAGAGACGCGAGGGAACGCCAGCGACAAUAGUGAUACAAAAGCACACACGUGAGUUUUGAAAUCGUCGUUUCGAAUCUCCGCGAGGAAACGGAAUAAAACAAAAAAAAAAAAGAAAGAAAAAGAGUGAGAGGGCAGAAUUCCUCUCAAGAUCGCCUCUCGACAAACUGACCGACCCAUCCCCUCCCUCCCACUCUCGUAUCCUAAAUCGAUUAACUUGUCGCGUUGGAAGGGAAUCGAUGUCGUUCCGAUUGCUCCGCCUCAGUCCGCUAACCGCGAUCAGUCUCCGGUAAAUCCGGUAAAUCCGAAUCGUAAAUUGCAACUUGUUUUUUUUUUUUUGUCAAACCCUAGAGAAACCUUUUACGCCUCCUACGCGUCCUAACGAGCGAUUAUUCGACACAU